GGCCAAUAAAAUUUUUUCAGCUCUGCAGGUUGAUAGCUCAGUUUCUUUGACUGCGCGUAUCGCCAGCCCCCUGUUGCCUAGGCGGUCUUCCACCAGCCUUGUCGUUGUCAACAACCCCCCUUUAUUCACUGACCCCUCCACCCCUCUUCACUUUUCUCCAAUACAUUUCUCUCCUGAGACUUCGCAUCUUAACUUUUCCCCAUUCUGACCUUGAUCGUAUUCCGGUCAUUCGAGGUUCAAAAUGGGAACCAGAGGGCUUGUCUUUAUCCGCUGCCGUGGUAGAUACUUUGUCUACUACAACCAAUACGACAGUUACCCUGAAGGGCUUGGAGAGGCGAUUGUUGCUGAGAUACCCGAGGAUCCAGAGAAAUAUCGAGAAUGGCUGAAGUUAAUGCGAAAAGCAUACUCUGAUCUUGCUCUGCAAUUCGAAGAAAAACACCUUCCUGUAGCUGUCGAAGUUGGCCAGGAGAGCCGUGACAUUUCAGCAUGCGAAGAAUAUGCCAAGUGCUAUCUAGCAGUCGAUGACCGACUUGAAUGUCCCCCGACACAGACCAUGGAGGGUAAUACCCUCAACUUGUUCAUUGAAUUUACUUACACCAUCGAUCUCGAUCGGGAGGUUCUAAUUAUUGACGAUGGUGCCACCUUCAAGCUGUCCAAGAUACCCCGCGAGGAAGUCUGGAUUAAAUACCUCAGUGUGGACAAUCGCAGACGCAGAGUACUCCACCAAGACACCCCCUCGGACAUAAUAGGCACUAUUACCUAUGAGCCCAAUGUUGACAACAAAGCCAAAGCUAGAUACAGCGAGCUCAGUAUUGAGGUGGUCUCUCCAAAGGCUGGUAUUAAUGCUGAACGUGCCCCCCGUCAGAAAUUCUUGAUGUUCACUUAUUGGGCUACCCGAAAGAUCUAUGGGGACGUUUUGGAUAGAUCUGCCAGUGGGUGGAAGCCUGAAGAUUUCUCAUUCAGAGAGAUUGCUUUCGCUAUACUCUCUCUUGCAACAGGGGAGGUCGCUUUCGAAUGCCCAGAUGUGCUUGACAGAAACUACCUGUCUGAAGGCUACUUCCUAAUUCCAGAAGAAAGACUUGGCCACAACCAACAAAAGCUGCUUCCCAGAUUUCUGCGUGAAAGCCAUCUUCCUGGAGUAGAAUCUGGCUCGGCACCCCAAAGCACAAUGUAUUGGUUUGGGAAUGUCCUCGUGUACCUGGCUUCUAGGCUUGACUUGGUCGAUCUCGAAGAAGCAUCAGUAGCCACGGUAGUCGAUUCGGGUCUUGAUCAAGGGCUGAAACACUUUCACGCCAUGGUCUUCUCGAUCCUGGACUUUGUGCUAAUUCAGGUUCAUGUGGACAAGGACGGAAAAGUGCAUGUUCAAAGAUCGCCUUUGAUGACCUUAUUCUAUUUUGAUGACAAGAACUCUCGAUACUCAGAAGGACCCCGUUCCAGAAAUCUGGAAUCUACCCAAGACAGUAGCAUAUCGUCUGACCCUACGCCACUCAUUUCCAAUACCGAUGAAGAGAACCCUGGCAAUGAGUAUCCUUCUCUUGAUUUGAAUAACGAACAUGAAAGCGAAGAUGAUGAAGACGAUUCGGAUGACGAGGACUACAACCCUGACGAGAAUGACGACGAAAGUGACGACGAAUCAGAUGAGGAAUACGUGUACUAUGAAGUUGACGAUGAUGAAAAGAACCCCGAGCAAUUGAGAAAGGAAGCCAUACUAAAAAAAGAGCGUGGGGGCUUCGUCGCUAUGAUGAAUUUCUUUGAUGUGGCCACAGAUCAACGUCUCGCAGGCGCAAAAUCCCACAAGCUCCCCAACGAGAUAAUGACUGCCAUUAUGCAAUUCUCCGACACACAAACCUAUAACAAUCUCGCCAAGAUUUCACCCUGCUGCCGGGAGAUGAGCUACCGCAAGUAUCGGCCGAACAACGAUUAUGAGAUAGUUGGAAUGAGCCCCGAGAACACUGAAGAGUUCGUGUUUGAGAAUCGGCACACAGGAGAAAUAUUUCAUUCAACGUGCGGCUAUGGUGUUCCAGAUUACGAUUUGGACUACGGAAUGCACGAUCCCGCGUUCACCCUGAAUCCUGUUGUUGGGGUUGCCGAUGCCAAUCGAAUGUCUCUCAUGAGCUCUGUGAAUUUGAACUUGCCAGGUAUUCCACAGAAGGAUACUAGCUAUCUAAACAAAAAGAACCGUCCAGUUCGAGAAGGAUACUACUGGAGUAGUGCUCGAGAUACCGAAGGCCUAAUUUUCAAACUCCCCGAGUAUGCAUAUCCGGGGCUAGUUGAAAAAGCCUGGGGCAAAUACCUGAUUGAAUUGCUUGUUGGGAAAGAUAAAUCCGGUUUCCUUAGUCUCAGUACUGCCUCCUAUCGCUGUCUCCUUCCUCCGAGAUAUCGCCAGCUGAAAAUAGAACCCAUUACAUGCGGCGAGAUUCAAGCGUGGGUUCGUUGCUCCCAGGAUGAAUCACCCGAGGAGUGGGAGAAGGUGCAGCGAUACGCCGUAGAGAGCUUCUCCAACAGGGAACAAUUGAAGCAGAUCCAGGGAAUGUAUCGUGGCCUACAGGGUUGUCUGGUGAUCAUUGCAUUCGGUACGAACGUGAAGCUCUUCUACUAUAUGCAUCAUAAAUCAACGCCGCCACCUGUUUCUGUGGGCCCCAAUGCGUACAACAGUCAGAUUCUGGCCAGCAUCACGGACCCGGACCCGAUGCAUCGCCUGAUUCAGCUAAUCCCUGGAGAUGAAUCUCUUGAUUUGCUUAACAGCGAAGCACGGGAAAAAUUGGAAAGCUGGAUCAAAGUUUUCGGUAAACGCCAGCCGGAUAUGGAGUAUGACCCGAUCAGUGAGCAAUAUAUCCCGAUUAUCCGAGACGACAAAGAGGAAAAGGAUGAGCAGGACGGACAGGGCGGUGCCGAAGGUGCUGGAGAUGCUGAAAACGAUGGUGAUGCUAGCGCUGAUCAGGCUGGAGCUUAAUAAGGGAUUGGGAUUAUUGUAGCGAUUCAAUCUUUUCUGUUUUGACAUGUGUCUUUGGUGUUUGUCUUGAAGGAAGAUCAAGGGCAUGAUGGAGCGAAGAUUGAUUAAGCAUGCGAUGGAUAUCUCAAUGUUUCGAUAUCUCGAUGGCUAUGUUUCAGAUGCAUGAUGCUUCUAUGUACUAUGUACUGAACAUCUCCAAUCUAAACAUCUUACUCUGCAUGCACAGUAGUUGAUAGAGAGUAAUGAAUAGGUAAAGCCUAGAAUGAAACCCGUCAAGACUGGAGUAGCCCUAUAACCUACCUUCCCAAUCAGGCAACCUUACCAUUCACAUCCGCCCCUUCCCCC